UUGCCACAAAACGGUGGCAGCUCUGUAAGACAAUUACUAUCGAAUUGUUUUUACGAAAUCUGACCAAUAUUUAAUUUUCCGAUCAUGCUUCGCAAAUUUGGAGGUCUGUUGGCCCAGCAGGUGGGUCAGCAAGCACGUUUCACCGCCGCGAGUCGCACAUUUUCCUCGACAAAAGCGCUGCACAAAGAUCCAGCGACCCAGGAAGCAGAGGCGGCGCCACCGAAGAACAUCCUUGUGGAAAAGGAUAAGAACAUCACGCUGAUCGGCAUCAAUCGACCGCAGCAGCGUAAUGCCAUCGAUUCGCUUACUGCAUCGCAGCUUUGCGACGCCUUCGCCAAUUUCGAGGCGGACGACACGUCGCCGGUGGCCGUGCUGUACGGCGUGGGCGGCUCCUUUUGCUCCGGCUUCGACAUCCUGGAGAUUAGCACCGACGAGAAGGAGGAGAUCAGCGUGGACAUCCUGAUGCGACCGGAGGGCUCCGUGGGUCCCACGCGUCGCCAGAUCAAGAAGCCGGUCGUGUGCGGCAUCAAUGGCUACUGCAUAGCCAACGGUCUGGAGCUGGCUCUCAUGUGCGAUCUGCGCGUGAUGGAGGAGUCCGCAGUACUGGGAUUUUUCAAUCGACGCUUUGGAGUGCCAAUGCUCGAUGCCGGCACCAUCCGGCUGCCGGCUAUGAUUGGAUUGUCGCGUGCCCUGGACCUGAUACUUACGGGACGUCCGGUGGGCUCCCAGGAGGCCCACGACAUUGGACUGGUCAACAGGAUUGUGCCCACAGGCACGGCCUUGGGCAAUGCCCUGGAGCUGGCCACCUGUCUGGCCAAGUUCCCGCAACGCGCGCUCAUCCACGAUCGCAACUCGGUCUACUCGAGCACGUUCGAGACCUCAACGUUCCACCAGGCGGUGCAGAAUGAGGUGAUGUUCACGUCCCGUGAAAUCAUCGAGGACAUGCAGAACGGCAUCAAAUGGUUCAACCAGACCUUCAAGCCGGACACCACGCAUUCGUGGCUAAAGCGCGACCGCUCGAUGGCCGACUGGGACGAUGAGGAAGUGGCUGAGGCUGCAGCGCAGAAGGAAAAACUAAAACAGGAGCAGGAGGCUGCUCUGGCUGAGGCCGAAAAGCAAAAGCAGGCUGAAAAGGCGCAGAAAAGGUCGAAGAAGACCGAGGAAAGUGCGGCUGAAAGUGUCGAUAGUAAAGAUCCCAAGGAUAAGCCAAACGAAAAGUAGUUGUGCCAUAUCCAAACAAAAUUAUCUGUUCCAAAUCAUUUAAUUUAAUUUUGUACAUAACGCACCUAUUACCAGUUUCAAACUGAUCCAUUCGACCUUUCUAACUUAUUCAAAUACAUUUCCGUAAACGGAUC